ACGGCGGAGAUGGAGCGCGUGUUCCGGCGGAUGGUGGGCGGCGAGGAGGAGGGCGGCGGCCACGGGAAGGUGUCGUCGGCGGAGCUGGGCGAGGCGCUGCGCGUCGCCGGCCGCAUCUCCUGCGACGAGAUCCAGCGGAUGAUCGUCGAGGUUGACACCGACGGCGACGGCUACAUCGACUUCGACCAGUUCGCCGCCUUCUGCCACGCCAACGAGGCCCUCAUGAACCUCGUCGCCAGAGUCUUCUGA